CUCCAUUUAAACACUUAACUGGCAUAUGAAUCCAAACACGUUUCUCUCUCUCUCCCACAACUCAAAGCUUCUUUCCUUUUCUUCUUUGCUUGAUUGCUCAAUGCCUCUAUAAACAGUUGCAUACUUUGGAAGGUUAGAACUUAGAACAGAAACGAAAAACAGAAUAAAUUAGUGAUAGGAUGGAAGAGGGUGAAGUUGCACUUCCUUGGUAACAAAAACCAAACCAAGCAAAGUAGUUCAAUUUUGAAGUGGAAUACCAAAACUGAUUACAUCUCUUUUUGAACGCCAACAGUGCAUAGCAGAUCAAGUUUCAAUGGCAAAGCUGCUACUAAUCACAUGUCUUUCUUUACUUUUUCUGAUUCAAGAGAAUUGAAAAAGGACCAGGUGCCAAAUUCAUUUUAUCUGAAAGUUUCAGAGAGAUUCUCUCUGUUAGAUCAGGAAAAAGGACCUUGCUUCUGAAUCACAAAAGUGUUUAUGAAAAUAGCAACCUGCAUCUACCAGAGUGGUUUGUUUGAAAUACCACUUUUCUAGUCUAUAGCUAUUUUGGAAGCUAGAGGGUCCUUAUGCUGCUGAGGAACAGAUCAAGGGCAGUGACCAAGCCACCUUUGAUGGCUGAUCACAGUUCCAACCCUUCUCCCAAUCAAAAUUGUGCUAAAACCAUUCCAUCUCUAUUUGGCUCACCAAAGUUUAGAGACUUCACCAACAAGUGUCUCUCUGCAGGAACUGAUGCUUUGAGAAGCCCAACUUCAAUUCUUGACACCAGAUCCUUUAUACCCUCUUUUGGUUUUGGAAAUCCAUUCUCACAUGACAAAAGUACCCAAACUUUUCCCCUCAAAACCUCAGAAACCAGAAGCUCCAUGGUCUCAAAAGGCAUUGGCCUUGCUCUUGUGGGUGAUUUCAAAGAUGAGCUAGUUGAUGAGAAAAAUUCUGCUGAACCCAUCAAAGGAAGUGUCUUUCUUGGAAAGCAGCUCAGAGUGAAAAUCCCACCCCUGGAAUAUCCUUCAUCAUUCUCUCCAUCCAAAUCUCAAACUCAUGGUGGUCAUGAUUUUGGAACCAAAACCAAGGCCUCACAACAAAACACUGCAACUCAGGAUUCUCCAAGUGUAGUUGUUACCAGUGUUCUGUCUCUGAGUGAGAUGGAGCUUUCUGAGGAAUACACAUGUGUGAUAUCCCAUGGACCUACCCCAAGAACCACCCACAUAUUCAACAAUUCCAUUGUGGAGAGUUACUAUUCUCUGCCCCCAGACUCUCCCUCUUCUUCUUCUUCUGUGAACUUCCUCAGCUUCUGUUACACUUGCAAGAAACAUCUUGAGCAGACAAAAGACAUCUUUAUUUAUGGAGGAGAGAAAGCUUUCUGCAGUAGAGAAUGCCGCCACAGAGAAAUGGUGUUAGAUGGUGUAGAAUGUUUAGAUUUUGAAAUUAAUGACUAUUUUUGACGUCAGUGUCCCUUCACUUGCGUGCUUUACAUGCACCAUGGCUGCAACGUACGUUUGCAUUUUGAUGAGGAUAAUAACCAGAAACGCAGAAAGUCAAAUCAAAGUUUUCCAUUCUUGGUUAUGAUAUCAUGACUUUGUAGAAUAUUUCGUUGUAAUCAGUAUGGUCUUUUUUGUAUUUUUUCUCUUUUUGAAGUCUAUUUUGUUUUUAGUAUGUUUGGAUCAGCUUGUUUUUCGUUUUUGAUUGCGGUCCACAACGGCAGUUGCAGUCGCAAAGUAAUUGAGUUUGGAGUCCCCAUAUUAGCAUUGCAACCGCAAUUAGAGUUGAUGCAGUCGCAUUUGUCGCGAGCUUUUUCCUAUAAUUGACUCUGGCUGUUCCAAACUUGUAACUUUUUUUUCUCCUCUUCCCUGCAAAUAGAGAUAAGAGAGGAUGUAGAGUUCAUUAUUCCAA